UAAAAAUGCUAAGUGUCCACCAAUCAAUGGAUAAGAAACACAAGCCUGUUGCAGAGUGAAACUUCCACUCUUAUUACAUGGCUUCUUCCAUUGCUACUCUAGGUCGUCCAAGCCUCUCAGCUCCUCCUCUAUCUCUAUCUUGUUUUCCAUCAAACCCAUGUCCUAAAAUCACAUAUGCACCUCCCAGACACACCAAGUUGAUCACUUUGGCUAUUGAAGGCGACAAUGAUUUUGGGGCAAGAGACCCCUUUCCUGCUGAGAUUGAGAGUAAUUUUGGAGACAAAGUCUUGGGUUUUGGCAGCACUGAGCAUAAGAUAUUGAUUCCCAAUCUAGCUGCUCUCUCUCUUUCUAGACUUGACUGUUCUCCUAAGCCAUUUGCCUUGUCUGAGCAAGAUGCUCAGAAUUUGUUAAGAAAGGUUGUCGGUUGGAGACUGUCAAAUGAAGGUGGAAGGGUGAAAUUACAAUGUUUGUGGAAGCUAAAAGAUUUCAAAUCUGGCGUUGAACUCAUCAAUAGGAUAUUCAAUGUUGUAGAAGCUACUGGGCACCUUCCCAACCUUCACUUGGAACCACCCAAUCAAGUUAGAGCUGAACUGUGGACGCCUUCGAUUGGGGGUCUAAGCAUGAAUGAUUUCAUCGUAGCUGCUAAAAUUGAUGAGAUAAAAACAUCAGAUCUUGUUCCCAGAAAGAGAGCUUGGGCGUAACUCACCUCUACUUCUACUUUUACAUCAGUGCAAGCUGGAAGAAGCAAAGCUUAAUUUCACUAAGUAUCGUCUUAUCAAAACACACAUGUAAUAAAAUUUUGUUUUAUCUUAAAUUCAACAUAGCAUAUCGGAGGAUUGUAAUUGCAUUUGAGAAACAAAGAUAGAUCAGCCAAACUCCUUCAUAAAUAGUUCAUUUCUUGCUUUAAUCUGGGACGGCCUCAUUCAAAGUGACAAACCAGGAAAUGUAAAUUGAAACUACACAUCCUUAUACCAUCUGUGUUUAGUUUUUUAGGUCUCCUA